CGUCCUUCGCCAUGUCCUCGAACCGGCGCCCGCGCAUGCGCCCCGCCGUCGGCGCUGCGGGCGGUGGGUGGUGGAGCGGCGCGGGGGGGCUCGAGCAGCGCGGCCAUGGCGGGGGCGCUGCGGAAGACCACUGGACUUGUAGGACUGGCUGUAACUGAAAACCCUCAUGAGCGCCUGAGGAUACUGUACACAAAAAUCCUUGGUGUCCUGCAAAACAUUCCCAAAGAUGCAGCAUAUAGGAAAUACACUGAGGAUAUUGUAAAUCAGCGAUUUAAUUUGGUGCAAACGGAGACUAAUGUGGAAAAACUACAGGACAAACUGAAUAGUGGUCACAUAGAAGAAGUCAUUCUACAGGCUGAAAAUGAGCUUUCCCUGGCAAGAAAAAUGAUACAGUGGAAACCAUGGGAGCCUCUAGUUGAAGAACCUCCUUCUGACCAGUGGAGAUGGCCAAUAUAAUUUUCAAGAGGGUGUAACCUCUUGAAAGAAAAAAGUUAAUAAUUAAUCUAUUGUUGCUGACAAUUGUCUUUAAAUUAAAGAGAUUAGUUCAUAAAAACA